AAUUCGAAUCUUUCUUUGAAAAGUUCUCACCUUGCUCAUAAUUCAAGAGAAAAAACAACACCAACACAUAAAAAAAGUAGAGUAAUUGUAGCUCUGCAGAGAUUCUCCCUUUGCCCCUCUCAGAAUUUGUUAAUGCCCUUUUCGAUUCAUUUAGCAAAGUACCCUUCUUUCUUCUUCUUCUCUGUGUGAAUCAGUAACUCCGCAAAAACUAAAGUGGGUCAAGUUCAGGUUUCUUAUUCUUGUAUGAAUUGAUGUGCAUGUGUGUUUAGAUGUAUUUGUCAGACACUGACAGCUCUUUUCAUAUCAAUCAUGCAAUAAACAUGGUGCCAAUUAUACCCCCCUUACCUAUUUUCCUUAAAACCUUUUGAGGCUUUUAUCUAAAUCUCAUCUCAUUCUCCAACAUGACACAGUGCCAAUAAAGAAUCCCCGGAAGGCAUCGCAGCAUUUAUUGUUUCAGUUCAGAUUUGGCAUUCCAUCAGUUGCAAGUUUGCUCAGAAAACGUCUACAAUUCUACAUUUACAUUGCAAAACGCUUCCUUGUUUUUCUCCCCUGUGUUUAAAGGGUAUUAAGAGUGUGAGUGAUGCAUAUUGAAGCUGCCAUAACAACAAAAGAUGGCAAGUCUUGUUCCUGGGGUGCUUCUCAAACUUAUGCAGCACAUGAACACAGAUGUGAAAGUUGCCGGUGAGCACAGGUCCUCUCUGUUGCAAGUUGUGAGCAUUGUUCCAGCUCUUGCCGGGGGUGAGUUGUUCCCAAAUCAAGGCUUUUAUCUCAAGGUUUCCGAUUCCUUGCAUGCCACCUAUGUCUCUCUCCCUGAUGAACAUGAUGAUCUCAUCCUCAGUGACAAGAUUCAACUGGGGCAGUUUGUUUUUGUGGAUCGUUUGGAGGCUGCUUCACCGGUGCCUAUUCUUCACGGGGUUAGGCCUAUUCCUGGGAGGCACGCCUGUGUUGGAACCCCUGAAGACAUUGUUGCAACAACUCACUCUCUUGGGUUCCUUGGUAAAGCUAAGGCUAACAAAAACAGUGCUUGUUCUGGCCCCUUGGACUUAGAGAGAUCCAAGUCUCCUAGGAAAGUGUUGGGGAAUCACCAUGUUGGGGAGAAGGAGAAGAAGGAGAAAGUAAGAUUGCACAAUGAAGAGCAGUUAGACAAAAAACCAGCUCUUUUGGCUAAGAGUAAAUCUCAGACAACAAAAGCAGUGACAGCCAAUACUGUUGAUGUGAAGAAGGAACCAUUGGCAAGAUUGAAGUCAUUUAAUUCAAGGGCCAUUCCUUCUUCUCCCACUAGUUGUUAUUCUUUGCCUACUUCCUUUGAGAAAUUUGCCAACGGGGUGAAGCAUCAGGCAAACAUCAAGGGAGUGGACAAGCUAACUGCGAAGGUGGGAGUGUUGGAAAUAGGAAAGGGUGUCCGUGGAGCUAGUCCAACCGGGAAGAGAAUUUCCAUGGGAAACCCGAUCAGAAAUUUGGUUCAGGGAAUUGAGCUUGGAGCUAAGGUGCUGCGUAAGAGCUGGGAAGGGAACAUGGAAGUCAAGAAUAAAGAGACAUCAAAAUCAAGGGGUGCCAAGUCUGAUCCUAAGCCCGAGGUUCGUGGCUCGACUCCUAGGAGAAGUACUUCAAGUGAAAAGUUUUCCUCUAAAGAAGAGAGCAAGCUGACAAAGUCCUCCAAGGAAGAGCACAGGACUCAAGCAACUAUAAAGAAAGUUGUUGCCAAUGGAACUACGGAAGAACAAGAAAAGAAUGGCAAACAAAGAGUAUCUGUUGGAAAGAAAUCGUCAGAAUUUUCAAACACUGGAUUCCCUGGAAACUUGGUGAAAGUUUCUCCAAGUAGUAGAAAAGUGACAGAUGCAAGUGUUCAAUGGGCUUCACUGCCAUCAUCUAUUGCAAAGCUUGGCAAGGAAGUGAUGAAGCACAGAGAUGCAGCACAGAUGGCAGCAACUGAGGCUAUUCAAGAGGCUGCUGCUGCUGAGAGUUUGCUGCAAUGUCUAAGUGUAUAUGCAGAGCUAAGUAAUUCUGCAAAGGAACAAAACCAGCAGCGUACAAUAGAGCAGUUCUUAACUCUUCACGCUAGCCUAAAUAGUGCAAGAAUGAUUGCUAACUCUCUAUCCAAAUCCACCCCAGAUGAUUCUUCUGCAGAAAAUGAAAGAAUCAUAUCAGAAGAAGAACAAAAACUCAAAUCAGACAGACAAAAGCUUGCGAAUUAUUGGGUCCAGGCUGCUUUAUCCACCAAUCUAUCACCAUUUUCUGUUUACAACCGAGAACCUCUAUCAUCCAGGCUUCAAGCUUCAACCAAUUCUCAAAACCAAAAGAAUAUCAUGGGAAGCAAACCAAUGCUGAUCAUAGAAACUUCAAGUGAAGAUGCUUCAUCAAAAUCUCAUGGAAAAAACCGCGCGCCUAGUUCCAAACACGCCCUGCAAGGAACUCCUCGCAAAGCAGGUGAUGCAUUGUCAAAUGGACAGAAACAACUAGUCCAAUCACCACGGGAUUGGGUUAAAGGAGAUGGCUUUGAUGAAGUGGUUGAUUUAAUUGACAUGCUGCAAGUGAAGUCAAGAGAUUGGUUUCUGGUGUUCGUUGAGAGAUUCUUGGACUCUGAUGGAGACACUGCUAGCUUGUCAAAUAAUGGCCAAAUAGCAGGAAUGCUCACUCAGCUAAAGAGUGUGAAUGAUUGGCUUGAUGAGAUAGGAUCAAGCAAGAACGAAGGAGAAUCAUGGCAGAUACCAGCAGAGACAAUUGACAGGUUGAGGAAGAAGAUAUAUGAAUAUCUUCUUACACAUGUUGAAUCUGCAGCAGCUGCACUCACUGGUGGAUCACAAUCAUCAUCCCCUGGAAUCCAAACAUCAGAGAUCAAAGCCAAAAAGUGAUGAAUAGGUACAUAGCUUAGCUUAAGGAUGCAUUGUUUAUGAUAUUUAGUCACCAGAACUUAUUCAACAAAAUUUCUCUCCUUUCACUCAUUUUUUUGUACAUAGAUCCUGCAUGUGAUCUGGGAUGUAAUUGUUUAUGUGGGGAAGUAGCCAUUGUGUUUUGUGAGGAUUUUCUUUUUCUUUUACUAAGUUAAUGCUCAUAUGAAAGUACAGAAAUUGAAACAGUGGAUAAGCAGAAAUUAUCUUUGCAUGGUUA